AUGUUGGAAAGCCGAACAGUGAUCACUAUCAGGCAAAGAAAAAAUGUGAAAUCUAAAGUGAGAACACAUUUGCUUAUUGGAGUUGCUUGCUUGAAUCCUGUUGACUCAUUUUCUAAUUUUGACAUAAACAAAAUAUUGAGAAUGGCUGGAUUAUAUCCUAAUGAUUUUGGUGAAAAUAUAAUGGUUACUCUCAAGAAUCAGCUAGAGACUUAUAUUGUUGAUGUUCGUGAUGUUGAUGAAAGGUUUUCUAAUCUAAAAGGACUUUGUGACCUUUCCGAGGAGCUAGUUAAGACCAAAAAAUACUUUAAUUAUCCUCUUGUGUUUCCUCUUGUAAAGUUUGCAUUGCUCCUGUCGGUUGCCAUUGCUAAAGUUGAAAUAGACUUUCCAGCAAUGAAGUUGAUCAAGAGUGAAUUGAGAAAUAGAAUGGAUGAUGGUUUCAUGAGCAAUUGUACUCGGGUAAAUGGAGAUCCCAAACAGAAUAUGUGGAUUAUAAAAAGCGAAGGGCUUGUUGUUGCUGAAUCAAUAAAUUAUUUGAAGUAG